AUGUAUAACCGCGACUCCAAGAUCAUGCGCAAGCUGCUUGGCAAGUCGGCGCCCGACACCUCGUCCGGCGAGCACUCCUCCCUCGUCGGCAACCACAGCUCCAUCCCCGCGACCUUCCGCCCCUCCAAGUCGCAGGACUCCGUCUAUGUCGCCGGCGUCCCCAUCUCGUGCCUCGACGUCUCGCCCGACCGGCGCGCCGUCGCCCUCGGCGGGCCUCACAUCCUCAAGACCAUCGUCCACGAGGACCACCCGACCAACUUCGGCUUCCGCUUCGGCGACGGCGUCGACCUGCGCGCCGCCAUCACCGCGCAGCCCGCCACGGGCGUCAAGGCCAACGCGACGCCCGACCAGCUCAACAUCCGCGACGUCAAGUGGCACGGGAGCUCCACCAUCUUCACGGCGUGCGCCAACGGGCGCAUCUUCGCCUACGAUGUGGCGCGCAUCGGGGCCGGCGGCUCCUCGGAGCCGCUCGAGUACAUCCACAUGCAGGAGGACUCGCGCCAGGUCAAUACCCUGGAUGUGAACCCUCAUCUGAACAGCUGGCUGCUGUCAGGCAGUCAGGACGGCCUGGCGCGAGUCUUUGAUACCGCCAAUGCGAUCCACACGCGGUCUGGUGUUUUGACCUUUCGCCAGCGGUUUGCGGCUCUACGCUGUAUCGAUUCUAUCAGGCAGGUCAAGUGGUCGCCGAGGGUUGGACAUGAGAUGGCCUGUUGCACUGAUAGUGGUGUGGUGAUCAAGUGGGAUGUGAGGUCGCCAUCGCGGCCGCUGCUGAGGAUCAACGCCCACGAGAAGGCUUGUACGGGUAUCUCGUGGCACCCAGACGGCAUUCACCUAAUCACUUCUGGCUCGGAUUGCAAGCUGCACGUGUGGGACAUGGGGAGUACCGCCGACCGAAGGCAGAAGCCGAAAUGGACGAUUUCCACGCCGGCUCCUGUUUCCGCCGUGGCAUGGAGACCCGGAUUAUGGUCGGCUACAGCACGGAGCCGGAGAGCAGCCCAGGUUGCAGUCGCUUAUGACGAGAACAGCACACGACGAUAUGGGACGUCUGUCGUUCACAUCUGGGACCUCGCUCGGCCAACGCUGCCGUAUAAAGAGAUUGAGCGCUUUGACAGCUCGCCGGCCGCACUGGCCUGGCAGGAUCAGGAUAUGCUCUGGACGGUUGGGCAGGAUGGGUUAUUCAACCAAUGUGACGUCGCACAUGCGCCCCGGACCUUGGACCGCCGACCUACUUCUGCAAUAGCGUUUUCUUCCAAGGGGGAUGUCUUGAUGUUUCUGGACGAGCGCGCUCAGCAGCACAGGCCCCGACGCUCAUCGGUGCUGAAUGCUUCCGAUGUGAUACCACGUAGCUCGUUCGACUCGAGCCCCCGAAUGCCAAUGCUAAGUGUGAGUCGAAGCGACUCUGAAGAGGAUGUUCUGGGAAGCUUCAUCAGCCCACGGCGGGGAGCACGGAAGAGACGGUCGAUAGCUAGAACCACGAACUCGCUGAGCACCACGCCACCGUCGAGUAUGGAGGACACGAAACUUGUCCUCGGACUCGAGCAGGCAAUCAAGACUACGGGCACUUUCAAGUCUCAACAGGCCAUGGCCUCUGGCCAUCUACCAGCGGCCAAAACGGCCUCGAGUUACCAAUAUCUCGCCAGUAUAUAUCUUGAGACGCUGGAGAAAGAGCUUCCUUACAAGGAGGAUGGCAAGCCCAUGGUUGAUAGAGUGGCCAAUAUUAUGGAGAGGUAUGCUGAAGCUGCCGAGGCUGCCAGUCUGUUCAGACUUGCGCAGACGUGGAGAGUUCUUGCUUUUGCCGUGUCUCUGCUCCUCAAGCGCCGUGCACAGUACCAUAUGGAACUCCGACUCUCACAAUUUCAGAAGUUGAAGCUGGAGGUCCAUAGGGUGUCAAAAGGAAGGAGAUCUGGUGACGCGACGCCCAGGCGCCCAUCAGCCGUGACCAAUGGGGGUGCUGAUAGCCGCUUGUUGGGACGCUCUCUCCUCUCGGAUGAGAUUCAAGAGAGCACAUCCAAUGUCCCGACACCAAUAGCAAGGCCGGUUGACCACCAAGGGGCGGACAGCAAUGGCCAAAAUUUCCAAUACGGAAAGCGAUUGACUCCCAUCGUCGAGCCAGAUUCAUUCACGAUUGGCCCAGCCGCACAUGAAGAAUACAUGCGCCGCUCAAGCACCCCGCGGCGCCGUCUGGAUUCUGUCCCUAUAUCUUUGACCAGCGAAGAAAGCGAGGUUUCACACACAGAGGGGUAUGAUUUCUAUGAUACGGAGGCCUUAGCGCACGCAAUUGAUGUCCCUUCACCCAAGACGAGCCAGGAUUGGAUUGCCCGAAAAGCAAAGGAGCAAUCCAGGCCGAGGUCCAAGAUUUCGAGACAAAACUCGGAUGAGAGUUAUGGGCAGCUGUUUUCGAUAUCCGAAACAGGCCAGCUCUCCAGGCGGAACUCGGGGCCCGCUGGUGGGCUUGCGAAAUCCAAUUUAUCACACUCAGAGUCCAUGAAAACUAAAACUAGCGAUGGAAGCAGCGUUGAGUAUGGUAGCCGAAUUCGAGGCGAUCAUCUGCGACGAGAUUCUCCCGAAAAGGACCAGCCACGAAAGCAAUACAAGACUGACUCGCCAGAGGAAGUCUUUAUGAUAUCUCAGACAACAGUCGCGACUGAUGACGACACGUACCCAUCGCAGACAUCUUUCCCCUCUCAAGAUUCAGAGAAUUAUAGUCAAUCGGUGGAUGGUGACAUUAAAUUCCCCUCACCCAGACCUGAAGCACGUAAUCCUGCUCUUUCGAGGAGGCCGUCUUGGGACUACCAGUAUGACCCUCGAUCACAUAUUCUUGAAAGCGACUACAUCCCCUGGGACGACGAUCCGCCAUAUCCUCAUCCCCUGCUUGCAUCUACCUCAAAGCCGUCGUCCUCAGUGCCUGCUCUGGACCCGUAUGCCCUCAUCACCCGAGCCCUCAAUUUCGAAUCCAAGUCGACCGCUCUCAACGCGUCGGCUAUAAUCCUACUUCUCAAGCCCCUUGUCCCGGACUCCAUCAUCGAGACUCCCCAUGCCAGAGCUAUACUUCGUCAGCACCACUCCCGCUUGAUGGGGAUGGGCCUCUUCGUCGAGGCCGCUCUGCUUCGAAACCUCUGCAUCCAGGGUUGGCCCGAGGGUCUCCCAUAUUGGGGCGAAAGCUACACAGCAAUCUUCGCCCCCGGCCAGGACUCCGUCAAGGUCAGCCUCGCGUGCUCCUCAUGCGGCCGCCCACGUGAGAUCGACCCCCUCGACAGCUCCGCCAGUGUAUGGACCUGCGAGAGAUGCAAGUCCGUCAUGGCUCCCUGCGCUGUCUGCGGCCAUCGCGAGCCCGAGCUCGCUGCCCACGACCCCAUCGAGGAGGCAGCCGCGCACCCCGAGAUGCUCUCCCUCUCCGAGUGGUUCUACUGUCCCGGGUGCGCCCACGGCGGUCACGCAUCGUGCAUCCAGACCUGGCACUCCGUCAUGCCUUCCGACCCCACUGCUAAGUACAGCGGGGGAUGCUGCCCCAUGGACGGAUGCGGCCACGCCUGUCUCCCGGGGAAG